AUGUCUUUCACCUACAAGAUCCUUCUCAUCGCUGCCAUCACGGCCUACGUCGAGGCCCGUUUCGGUCAGGAACAAAUCCCUGUCGCCGCCGUCCAGGCUCUCGACGGCCAGUUCGGCCAGUCAGGCCAGGCCUCCACCCUCGCCGGCCAGGUCCCCGGCACGCUUCUCGGCGCCGCGGACCCGUGCCUGAAGCUCCGUCUCGCCGACAACAUCGUCGCCACCCUCGGCAACGACGACGCCGUCCUCCAGGCUGCCGCCGGCCUCGUCGGCGCCGAGCAGAACUUCAACCCCUUCGCCACCGACAUCCCCAACAUCUGCGGCGACCCCAGCCUCCCCGCCACCCAGGCCCUUCGCGGCAUCACCCCGUCUGUUGACCCGGAUGUUGAGGAUUCCGGCCUGGCCAACCAGCUUGCUGCCCAGUCGCUGCAGAACCCUUUCAACGCGAACGGCCUCUCUGUUGCGGAUGUCUUGAUCGCCAAUGGCUUUACCAACUUGGCUGUUGAUGGCCAACCGUUCAAUGGUGCUGGCGGCAAUGCCGGAAAUGGCAACGGUAAUGGCAACGGAAACAAUGGCAAUGAUGACGAGGAUGACGAGGAUGAAGAGGAUAUCGACGAUGAAGAGAUUGUCUGCGGUGGUAACCCCGGCAAUGGUAACGGCAAUGGCAAUGGCAACGGAAACGGAAACGGCAAUGGCAACGGAAAUGGCAACGGAAACGGCAACGGAAACGGCAAUGGCAACGGAAACGGCAACGGCAACGGCAACGGCAACGGCAAUGGUGCCGGCGGCGCCGACUUCGGUCUCUGCGACCCCCGCAUGGACCUCCAGUUCGGCCGUGGCAACCGUAACGCCAACGAGGGCACCUUCCUCCCCAUUGACUCUCUGGUCGCCGAGGGCCAGCAAGACGCCCUCAACCCCAACAUCAUCACCAACCGCAUCUGCGACCAGCUCAUCAACGUCUGCGAGGCCAACGACGCCGCCAUCGCCAUCUGCGAGGAGGCUCAGGCCCAGGUCGAGGCUUCUGGCGACAGGAGCGCGGCUGCUGCUGACCUCUUCAACGGCCUCCUGGGCUUCUAA